GUACUCUUUAUUAUUGAUUAAAACUUAUUACAAAAUCACAAAUUUUAUAUACUCUGAAAUUUCAUUCAAAGAGUGUUAGAAAAAGAGUGCAUUAGAACGAGUAUAUGGCUAAGUUUCUUAUCGCGUAUGUUUUGGAUACACUGACUGACAAAAUGUCAGGAAAGUAACCCACAUUUAAGGUGACACCAACGUAUGGGGACAGUUUGAUGAGGUUCCUCUUGCUCUGCUGCCUCUUGUUGGUGGCAGCUCACGACAACACUCUUUGCUUUUCCUUUCAUUUCACUUUCUUCCGUUUAAAUGUUGCUCCAACUCUCAAGCCACUUCUUUACUUCCCUCCUACCACCAUCACCAUCAUGUGUAAACUGAAUACACGCACCAACAUUGUUGAAACUUUAAACUAACUCAAACAAUCCACCAACAACAUCUUCUGCUACACUGCACAACAUUUGUUACUCCUAGUAUUACAAACUAUUAUUGAAGUCAGAUCUAUGAAUCUAGUUUAUAAUUAGUACAUUUUCCAUAAGCUUUGGUUGGUUGGGUUGCUGUUGCUCUUUAUUUUGGCUAAAAGGUUUUUAAAUUUUGGAAGGGGCCGAGUCUUUUUAACCAAUGAGGAUCAAUUUCAAAUAAUCCAAACGUAGAAACAGAAAGUUCAACAGAAGGGUAGUUUUCAUGGCGUCAAAUACUGAUAAGGUUCAGGUCUUUGGAAUCUGAGCUAUGGUGUUGAGCCCCUUGUGAAAGGGUGCACUGAGAAGUGAUUUCUGUUGGGUUCACUCUGAAAUCCACACUUUUUGGAAGAUGUUGUGCGCUUGUUCUGGGGAGCAAUUCAAAUUUGAAGAGGCGCCACAGUCACCUGACUCCUUGGCAACAAGGGAUUUCUCUGCAAGUGGCCUUUCUUCAAGGACUGGGGAUUGGGAAUCCAAAUUUGAUGAAACACAAGUGGAAGAUGUUGAAUCUACUCUUAAAGAAGCUCUCUCAUUAAACUAUGAGGAAGCCCGGGCGUUGCUGGGUAGGCUUGAAUAUCAAAGAGGGAACUUUGAUGCCUCCCUCCAAGUGUUUGAGGGUAUAGACAUAAGGGCUUUGAUCCCAAGGAUGAUCAGGGCUAUAGCUGAAAGAACCAAGCAAAGAAAACCACGGUCCAAGACAGAUAAUGUGCUUCUUAAUGUGAUGUCAAUGCAUUCAGUAAGCCUGCUUCUUGAGGCAAUUUUGCUUAAAUCCAAAUCCUUAGAAGAACUUGGGAGAUACACUGAGGCAGCAAAAGAGUGCAGAAUUAUUGUGGAUACAGUUGAAUCUGCUCUUCCUAGUGGAAUGCCUGAGGGUAUUGGUGAAGAUUGCAAAUUGCAAGAAAUGUUCCACAAAGCAUUGGAAUUGCUUCCAAAUCUAUGGAUCAAGGCUGGUUUUCUAGAUGAAGCUGUCACUGCUUAUCGGCGGGCUCUAGUCAAGCCCUGGAAUUUGGAGCCGCAGAGGUUGGCCUGUGUACAAAAGGAUUUGGCUACCACACUACUCUAUGGUGGUGUUGAAGUAAACCUACCCUCUCAGUUGAAAGUGAAGGGUCUAACUACACCUAUGAGUGGCACUGAAGAAGCAAUACUUUUGCUAUUAAUACUCUCAGGAAAGAUGGCACUUCAGGAAAUAGAUUGGGACCCUGAAAUAAUGGAUCAUCUUACAUUUUCACUUUCAAUUACUGGGAUGUUUGAAUCAUUGGCAGAUAAUGUAGAGAAGAUCCUUCCAGGUGUUUAUGAUCGAGCUGAGAGAUGGUACUUUCUUGCUCUUUGUUACAGUGCGGCAGGACAUCAUGAAGUAGCCUUGAACCUUUUGAGGAAGGCUUGUGGUAGUUCUGAAGCAAAGCAUAGACCCCAUUUUCCUUCAUUUUUGUUUGGUGCAAAACUUUGUUCUCUACAUCCAAACCAUACUCAUGAAGGCAUUAAAUUUUCACAGGAAGUUAUUGAUCUAUCCAAGAAUAAAAAUGAGCAUUUUUUGGGUCAUGGAAAAAAAUUUCUUGGCAUUUGCCAUGGGGCUGCUGCUAGAAUAUCUGUAUUGGAUUCGGAAAGAAUUGUAUUUCAAAGAGAGUCUUUGAACUUUCUAAAUGAUGCUGCUGCUCUAACAGGAAAUAAUGACCCAGAAGUGCUAUUCAGCCUGGGUUUGGAAAAUGCUAUUCAAAGAAAUUUAAAUGCAGCUUAUGAUAGUAUAAUGAUGUACUCAGACAUGAUGGCUGGCAGCUCAAAAAGAGGUUGGCAGCUGUUAACACUGAUAGUAUCAGCACAACAGCGGUUUAAGGAUGCAGAAACUAUAGUUGAUUUUGCUUUAGAUGAGGUUGGUAGUGUAGAUCAGUUAGAACUACUGAGACUGAAAGCUGUACUUCAAAUUACUCAGCAGCAACCCAAGCAAGCAAUAGAGACCUACAGAAUCUUGCUAGCAGUAAUUGAAGCAAAAAAGGAGCAUUGGCUUGAAGAUAAAACAUUCAGGCAUCAGGCUUUAGCAGAACAGAAGCUAGAAAUGGAAGCCUGGCAGGAUUUGGCUACCAUUUAUGCAGAUCUUAGUUCCUUUCUUGAUGCGAAAGCUUGUGUUGACAAAGCCCAGUUGAUAGAGUUUUUUUCUCCCAGAAGUUGGCAUAUUACUGGGUUGUUGUUUGAAGCUCAAUCAUUACAUAAGGAGGCCUUUGUUUCCUUCACAGUCUCGUUGUCAAUAGAACCGGAUUACAUUCCUAGCAUCAUUUCAACUGCAAAAUUGUUGCUUGAACUUGGCAAGCAAUCACUUCCCAUUGCAAGAAGCUUUUUGAUGAAUGCAUUGAGAUUAGAACCCACAAACCAUGAUGCAUGGUUUAACCUUGGAUUGGUUUCAAAAAUGGAAGGUUCAUUACAACAAGCAGCAGAUUGCUUUCAAGCUGCAUAUGAGCUGAAGCUUUCAGCUCCAGUACAAAAGUUUGAGUGAUUGAGGCCUUGGGAAAACUGUAAUUUUUGUGGUUGAGGAAAAAAGUGAGCUCGACCAAGAGCAUUAUAGAAAAGCCAUGAGCAGAAACUAAUGUAAAAAAAACAUAACCUUGGUUUAUUAAUUUGUUAAGAAAGUAUAGCUAAAUCUAGCUACUUA